CAGCCAGAACUAUAAAGCACACAUGGCUUGCAAGGUGUUCCGAUUAUGCCUAGAACCACUGGCAAUUGAAGGACGCCAGGCGAUGGAGAGACCCAUCAUUACCGCCAGGCUUGGCAUGCCAAGACUAUUUACAAUCGCGACAAGGACGCGACGGCGACGACUAUGCUGGGUAGUACUUGCAUGACGCGAGGAUCGCAAUAUUGAACAUCGUGAUUGCGGACUUGAGCAUUGAGUAUUGAAUCAAGUUUGCGAGAUACAUCAUGGACGACAGCACAACACACAACGACUCACGCUCGACGCUUCUCAACCUGACGGGACAAGGCUCGUCAGGGGUUUCUCCGCUCGAACAGGAAGUGCUGGACGAGUAUGAGCGGUUGUCAGGAAAUAUGAAGGAGCUCUCAUCCACACUCGCGACAUUGUCGAGCGGGCCUAUGACUCUCGAAAUCGCAGAGGGGCUGCGCCUGCUCGAGAGGAAAGUGGCGAGCGUGUACACUUUGAUGAAGGCCAGUGUGUACAGCAUCGUGUUGCAGCAGGGUCAGAUGGAUGGGAUGGAUGAGGGAGGGUUUGAUGGAGAUGCAGACCAGGGCAAUGGGUGAAGUGAUUUUGAUGAUUUGUUAUGAGACUACGAACAUGAGGUGAACGAGUCAACGGCUUGUACCCACUGGACACGACGAAUUGUGCCAAACGCACGCGACGAAUGAAUUCCUGGGCAGAUGGCAGGAGUGUUACCAUAACGGACAGCG